CAAGUGUGAUUAAAAAAAAUCAUCAUUAUAAUAAUAAUAAUAACUUGCUCAAAUUAGGCAAAUCUUUAGUCAUGAAUUUACUGACAGUGUAUCGCAGUGUGCUCUUUUGGACUAUAUCACCCAGCUGUAGUAUUUCUGCUGUCAGACGAGAAGCUAAAAGAAAUGUUUGCAAGAGAUUGAAGAGAAUCCUGCGUCCAGAGAUAACAGCCGGCCGGCUCUAUUAUUCUCAUAUACGUAGUUUCCAUUAGCUAGUUUUCCAUCAAAUACUUGGCAACAUCCCUGUUUGCUUUCAGACAGGCCCAUCCUGUCUCCCAGUGUGUGUGUGUGUGUGUGUGUGUGAGUGUGUGUGUGUAAACAUGAAAGUCAUUUAUGCAAGAUAUAUAUCAUCGAAUGACACCCGUGACAUUCAUUCACACGGGCGAAUAGGGAAAUGUAAAAAAAUGCUGCUUUGUCUAAUUAAAUAUGCAUAAAUUUGCAUAGUUAAUAAAACCAGUCUUCUGGUAUUGUUAGGAUUGAAGUCAUUUUGUUUUGCUGUGAAGAUGCGCUGAAGAGAAGAAGAAAAAAAAAACUACAGAAAGUCCUAGUUCCUCCAACCAGAACGCUUUGGCACCAUGUUCUACGGCUCCUCUUCAGCCAGCAUGUCACUGCCCUCAAAGAGCCGUCUGAAGCGUCAGAGCCGCACCAUCACGCAGGUCCUGUACCGGACUCUGAGCUACCGGGACCGCCGCUCGGUUACCGACCUGCCCGAGCAAGUGCGGGAUGACCCAUCCGAGCUAUCCACGCAGACCUCAGCUCCGGGUGUGCUCAAGAUCUUCGGAGAUGAAAUCAGCGCCGGGGCUAACUACAAGAGCGUUUUGGCUACUCCACGUUCCAGCGCACAGGAGCUCAUAAAGGAGGCGCUGGAGCGCUACUCACUGAGCAAAGGUUCAGCCAGUAGCUACGUGUUAUGUGAUGUGAUCGGGCGGUUCGAGGGCACUGAGAGACGGUGGAGGACAGAGUGCUUGCGGGCCCUGGGCAGCAACGAGAAGCCGCUCCUCCUGCAAGAGCUGUGGAAGCCAAAGGAAGGAUUCGCACGGCGCUUCGAGCUCAGGCGGAGGGCUGAAGUGGAGGAACUGGCAGCUAAAGAGAAAGACACGGUAACUGCAGAUAUAAACGCACAGGCACGGAAACUUCAACGGAACCGCGCUAAAGGAACGAUGACCCUGCAGCACGGCUCGUCCUUCUGCCGCAGCCUCAGUGAGACAAGUCUAAACCUAGUGGGCAUGACUGGGGAGGAACCGAAGCGCUACUCUACACUGCCCGGGUCAGGUCGAGCACGCUCAGACGCACGCAAAGAGGGAGGUGGAGUCAAGCAUUCCCUCUACCAAUCACCUCAUUUGCUGCUCCUGCAAGGAUAUAACCGACAAGACUGCCUGGUUUACCUGCUAAACAAAGAACAGCACACGGUGGGUCAGGAGACGGCGAGCACGCGGCCAAACAUCUGUCUGUCAUCUCCGGACAUUCUUCCACUCCACUGCCGGAUACGUCGCCGACGCUCGCCUUCCUCAUCCUCCUCGUCCUCUUCCUCUUCUUCCUCGGCCUCAGACCAUCGGCUCUUACUGGAACCGGUCGGCCACGGCACUGUGCUGAUCAACUUCACUCGUAUCGAGCGUCCCACUCCUCUGCGUCAUGGCGACCUGCUGUCAUUCGGCACCCAUUACAUCUUCCUAUACAGAGACCCACUGAGCGCCAAGCCACUACCAGGCCACACCCUGACCCACCUCCGCGCCCUCGGCGCCAAAAACGGGGAGGCGUGUCCGACAUGCGGUGCCGCCCCACGGGAGCAGGCGGGGUUUCGCCAAAGCUCCAAGAAUGCAAAGGGGCCAAAGAAGAGGAAGCUCGUGCUGGAGUUUGAGCGAGCCCAAGAGGACGCGCUGGUGAACCGGGUGCUCACGCUGAUCGAGCCGAGUGGCGAUGAUCACAAGCUCACUCCCGCAUAUCUGCUGUGCCUGUGCAUCCAACACUCAGCUCUUUCAUUCCCACCCGGCAGCUUCGGGAAACUGCUCCUCAAAAUCGCCAAGAAGAUCCAGAGCAUUGCACGGGAGAAGACAAAGGAAUUGGCACAGAAGCAAGCUCAGCAUCAGGAUCCAGCCUCCCUGUCACUGCUUAGCAUCUCUGACCUUGUGCCGGAUCUUCAGGUCAUUUUCUUUUGGAUGUCGAACGCCAUCGAGAUCCUGUACUUCAUUCAGCAGAAAUCGCCAACGUACAUGCAGAAUAUUGAAAUGAUGGACAACAAAGCUGGAUCUAAAGAGUCGCUUCUCUCGGCGACAAUAUCAGCCAGCGAAGAGGUGAUGACUAUUCUGGAGGAAGUUAUCAUGUACACUUUUCAGCAGUGUGUCUACUACAUUACAAAGUCCUUGUACGUGGUGUUGCCAGCCUUGCUGGACUGCAGCCCAUUUGGAGGCGAGUCGUCGUCGGAGGCAUGCCGGCGGGCGACGGGCGCACGGGCGUGCAUGUGCAGUGUGUGUGUCAUGCCCGAGGCUGUGCGUCGGGCUCUGUGUGUUUUUCAGACCACAGCUGAUCUCAUGCAGCAGUAUCAGGUCCAUGUCGAGAUCCAGAGCCAGAUGUUCGCCUACCUGUUCUUCUUCACCAAUGCCUCGCUCUUCAAUCUACUCAUCGAUAAAGGUCCUGUGAGGGGCUGGUUCCAGCGUUCCCGAGCAUUGCAGAUACAAGCAUGUUUGCGGAUGCUCCUAGACUGGGCGAAAGGAGCAGGCCGGGCUCAGAUCGCUCAGAAGUUUUUCGCCAAACUAUGCAGCGUGGUUACCAUCCUCAUCACACCUGCCUCACAGCUCUCACAGAUGAGUUGGAAAGUGUUGCGUGCGGAACAUCCGUCUCUGAAACCCGUCCAGCUUCACAGAAUCCUUACACAGUACCAGCUGACAGGCGAGGUGGGUUCUGUUCCAACCUGGCAACCGAGCUGCGAAGAUGAAGCCUACGUUUACAGAACAGUGGAUCUGUUGGAGAGUUUUGAUAACCACCCUCCCAUCGUGUUACCUAGCGCUGGGUUUAAGGUGGACCUGGAGAGCGAGUGUGUAGACGACAGCAUAUACAGACAGCUGCUUUACAUCCGCCACUUUCUGUGGGGCCUCCGCACCAAGACCCAUGGCAGCGCAGACAGACCAGAAAUUCAGCAUGGAGAGGGAGAAGGAGAAGCGCGCGUUUCUUCUCUCGGAGGACGAGGAGAGGGAACAGGAGCCGAGGAAAGGCCGAGAGAACGAAUGCACGCACCACAUUACAGAAACGGAACAAGCGUCCGGCACGCUCCGGACUCGUCCUGCCUGCUUACUCCGCCUAACACACCUCUGUACCCAGAAUUCACACACAAUCCGUACGCGAAACACUCCCAGCAGGAGCGCGUCCCGGCCAACGGGUGUACACGCUCCACUCCUGAGCACAAGAAGAUCAACGGAUACAUCAGUAAUGGUACUGAAGGCCCUCUUAAUGGGUGUGGCUUUCCCUUCCCCAUCCCUCUGGCCCAGACGCUGGGCAAUAACUCUGACCCUGUGUGUUCCGUCUUUGUAGUGGACUUGGACAAAGGACCCUAUGGCCUCGGAAUGGGACUCAUCGACGGACUCCACACUCCUCUAAAUUCGGCGGGGAUCUACAUCCGCACACUGAUCCCUGACGGACCAGCCGCUUCGGACGGACGGCUGCACAUCGGAGACCGGAUCCUGGCUGUAAAUGGGAAAAGCCUCAUCGGAGCCGACUACCAGAGUGCCGUGGAUUUGAUCAGACUGGGCGGAGGACGGCUUCGCUUUCUCGUGGCUAAGUCAGAGCCGGAAGUGUCGGAGAAGAUCAGUGCCUCUUCGUGCUGAGUGGGGAAGGACGAGGUUUGAGGUUCGAGCGUUAGCUUCGGAAGAACGAGUCCAAAGAAAGAACCGGAACGUCGUCUGCUCGGUGAGGAUAAAGAGGAAUAAGCACAUGGAUACGAUCCCUCAGCGACUCCUGUGGUGAACCUCGCAUUGCCCUCAGGAGAGAGCCUUCGCACAGCGACACGGUUUUCACACAACAGCCAUCACAGCGCCGUCUUCUCUUCUUCUCCUCCUCUUCGCCUGGAGCGUUGCAGAUGAUCAUGGAAACGUUCACAGAAAUGUAACAACAUGUAACAAAAGACACAAUAUAUCCUGUUUACAGACGAUCUGUCGUAUCAGUUCGGACGAAUACAAAAGUAAAGAAAACAAACAAACAUCUGAACGUAAAGAAAACUGAACUGAACAGUAACCUGAUAGACGAGUGAUGAAAAAAAAACAAACAGCUUUAUUCAGUUUGCGUAUUUAUUAUCAAUCAAUGAAAAAUUCUCUUCUCUUCCCUUCUCUUUCCUUAUCUUCUCUUUUCUUUCUUCCCUUCCCUUCUCUUCUCUUCUCUUUCCUUCUCAUCUCUUCCCUUCUGUUUGCCUCCCUUCUCUUCUUUUCCCUUUUCUUCUCUUCUCUUCUUGUUUUUCACUUUUCUUGUAUUAUCUUCUUUCUUUCUCUCUUCUUGUUCUUUCUCCUGUCUUCUAUUCUUUCUUUCUCUCCUCUCCUCUCCUCAUCUCUUCUUUUCUCUACCCUUCUCAUUCUUUUCUGUUAUCUAUUCUCUUCUUUCUUUCUCUCCUCUUCUUUUCACCUCUCGUUCUUUCUCUCGUCUUCUUUUCUCUUCUCAUUUUUUCUCUUCUCUUUCCUUCUCUCUUUUUGUUCUUUCUCUUCGCUUCUCUUCUCUUAUUUUUUUGGAUUUUGUUUUGUCUGUUCUCUCUUCACCCCUCUUCUCUUUUCAGUUUUUUGUUUGUUUCAUAUGCUUUGACUAUUUUCUCCUCUCUAUUUUUUCUUUUCUCUCCUUCCUUUUCUGUUUCAUUUUAUUCUGCUACGUAUAUCUUCUCGUCUACUCGCUGUCAUAUUCUCAUCUUCUCCUUUUGUGU